GAAGGAUGCAGUCCUCGUUUAGCCAUCGAUUACGCAGCACAGAAGAUUCGUGAGAAUGCGAACGCUUCGAUGGUAGAUGUCAUCAGAGAUAUGCGAAAUCAAAGAUAUCAGGCUAUCCAGUCAGCGAUCCAAUACGUCUACCUUCAUAUAUGUGUACUCGAAAUAUUCGCAGGAGACGGCGCUAUUCCAAGAGAUUCGAAAUUCAAUGAAUAUAUGGAAAGCUAUGUGUCAAUGAUCAAACGCUAUAAUAAAAAGGUGGAAGCGAAACAACGUGAGCGGGAGAAGAAUGAAGAAAAGUGA